GUUACAUAAGUUUGGUAUGCAUUAUACUAAGUGGUACCUUUAAUGCGAUUCUAUAAAACUAAAAUCAAAGAAAGAAAGAAACUAAUUUUUAUAUCCUCUAGGGUUUUGCAUAUAUGGUGGGCCAUUCACACCAUGUGCCUGCAUGUGCCAUGUCUUUCUCUGAAAGGCCCACCACUUGCUUUCCUUCGAGCAAAUAAAUGGGACUUUCCUCCACAUUCUUCUCCUUCUCAAUUUCCCCUCCCUCUGCAAAAAAAAAAAAAAAAAAAAAACUUCAUUCUAGGAUUCUUAUACAUACUCUCUUGGAUCUGUCACUCUCCUGCAACUUUGUCCCAUACAUUAAUUUCUCAUGAUUUUCUUUUGUUGAUCACUACUAGAUAUCUUAGUAAAAGAAUGCGUCCUCCUCAGUCACUUAAGCAUGAAUUCCUUAAGAAAUGGGUACUGGGUCUAAAGAUAUGCAAUUCUACAAGGCAGAACAUGACAAUCUUGGAGAGAAAGAAGGCAAUAAAGCUAUCAGCAGACAUUGCAAUGGCUUCAACAAGAAGUGGUUUGACUUGUUGGAGUCGUGCACUCGUGGCGAAAGCUUCAAGGGAUGCUGAUAAUAAAGUAAUUGUUGAGCGCAUAUUAGCUUCUGAAUCUGAGAGGGUAAUGCAAGUUUCACCAAGUGGAAUAAUUACAGGAAGUAAGAGGGUUCGAAGCAAGAAAAUCUUGAAGAAAAGUCGCUUCUUGAAAAGAAUAAGAAGAUGUGUACCUCAAAUGGUGAUUGCUAAAUCUCUAGCUAAAAGGAUGGUAAAGAAAAGAACACAAGUGUUGAAGAGUCUUGUGCCUGGAGGAGAAUUUAUGGAUGACAGUUCUUUGAUUGAAGAAACCCUAGACUACUUAGUGUCUCUUCGAGCUCAGGUUGAUGUAAUGCGAACUCUUGCUAAAGCUGCAGAGCUACUCAAUGGAGAGAAGAUGGAGUUGACAUAUAUAAAGAUCAUAACAAUCCAUGGCCAAACUGCACCCGUGCACACACACCUCCUGCAGCACUGGGUAUAUUCAUAUGAUGUUGACAAGAGCUAUAUAUUCAUAUGCUUCACCUUUGCAUCAUCAGCUUUUAAUUUAUAUAAAUGCAACUGUCAGUUUGUGGUCAAGCUUGCUAGUUAGAAUUAAAUUACUGAUAAAAAGUUCAUUUCAAUUUUCUAAAUGUUAGUUUCACCACAUAAUUGUACUCGUA